GCAGAAUCAUGGUGCGAAUUGUAUGAGUAUUCGUUGAUGGGAGAAAAAUGGACUGAUGUGAAGCCUUGCUAUGCCCCAGGACUGGUGGCGUUGAGAACCUGCUUGACGAUCUCACUCAAGACGACUCAAUUUUCAAGAUUGUCGGCACUUCGUGCCGUCGUACUGCGGCAUUGCGAUCCGUCUCAAAAUUUUAUGUCAACAUAAGUGCAGAGGUAAAGGACCUCUGAAGGAAAAUCCUCCGUUCAAGAAGCGUUC